AUGUCUAGUAUUGAUAAUUCAUUGAAUGAAAUUCGUUCCUUAUACGAACAACAUGGUGACAGUGAAUAUUAUGGUGAACAGAUUACUCAGUAUGAACAUGCUAUACAAGCAGCAUAUUUCACUGAAAAAUUUGAUGCUGCUGAUUAUGAGUUGAUUAUAGCUGCAUUUUUACAUGAUAUUGGCCAUUUAUUAGGAAAAGAUGAAGAUGAAUUAAUGAGUGACUAUGGUGUAAUGCGACAUGAAAUAAUUGGUGCCGAAUAUUUAAAACAACGACAUUUUUCUGAUCGUAUUUGUCGUUUAAUUCAAAAUCAUGUAAAUGCAAAACGAUAUUUAACAUAUAUUAACAACGACUAUUAUAAUAAAUUAUCUGAUGCGAGUAAAAAAACAUUAGAAUAUCAAGGUGGUCCAAUGACACAACAUGAAGCAGAGAAAUUUCAACAAGAUCCAUUGUUUAAUUUAUGUUUGAAAUUAAGAAGUUUUGAUGAAGCAGCAAAACUUGUUGACUUUGAUUAUACAGAAAAAGGUGAACAUUAUUGGACAUUAGUUCGAAAUCAUUUAAUUAGUAAUUCUUUACAAUAG